AUGAGCGUCGACGGCCCGAGCAAGGACGUCCCGGCGGCGACGGUGGAGGGCGUCUGCCGCCGCCUGCGUGGAAAGUUUCCAGAUCUGCGACCCAGAGGAACGAACGGCGUGGGGAGGAAUUCGAAGAGCCGGCGACGGAGGAGGCUGGAGCUUCGGAGGAUGAAUUACCUCUCUGCGGCCAGAUCCGCCGCCGGCGGACCGAGAAGGAAGAUAUCGGAGCUCGAAUUAGGGGGGGAAUCGGCCGGGGAAGGUACAAUCGACGGCGGAUCUGGGCACGGGACGGCGUCGCGCGUGGGGCGGCGGAGUGAGAUGGAGGACGCGGUGGCGGCGGAGCCGGGUUUCAUGCGGGUGCGCGGGCGGAGCUACGAUUUCUACGGGGUGUACGACGGGCACGGCGGGAGGCGCGUGGCAGAGGCCUGCGCCGGGAGGAUGCACGGGAUGGUGGCGAGGGCGGCGGGGGGCGGCGGGGCGUGGCAAGGGGCGAUGGAGGCGGCGGUUAUAGGUGUUCUUGCUACCUCAAGAUCCAUAGGGGAUUAUUAUCUGAAACCGUAUGUGAUCCCGGACCCAGAGGUACGAGUCAUCACCCGAACGGUCUCUGACGAGUUCCUAAUACUCGCUAGCGAUGGGCUUUGGGACGUCGUCUCGAACGAGCUGGCGUGCCAGGUGGCAAGGAGGUGUUUGGCCGGCCGGUUCAGGAAGGGCGGAAACCGGUUUGAGGAGGCGGCUGGCGUGCUAGCCGAGCUCGCAAUCUCCAGGGGCAGUGGCGACAAUGUGAGUGUCGUGGUGAUCGGUUUGAGGUAG